AAGAAAAGAAAAAAUGACUAGUGUCUCUCAUACUCAUCCUUUGGUCUUCACCUUUGGCAUUUUGGGUAACUUAGUUUCCUUCAUGGUGUUUAUUGCCCCAGUGCCAACAUUUUACAGGAUCGUUAAGAAGAAAUCAUCAGAAGGGUUCCAUUCAUUACCAUAUGUUGUUGGAUUAUUUAGUGCAAUGCUUUGGAUUUACUAUGCAAUGGUUAAAACCAAUGUUACACUUCUCAUCACCAUCAACUCUUUUGGCUGCAUUGCUGAGACCAUUUACGUCGCGAUUUAUUUUACUUACGCUACAAAAAAAGCAAGGAUGAAAACACUAGGACUUGUCCUACUGUUGAAUUUUGGUGUCUUUGGAUUGAUUCUUUUCGUCACACAAAUUUUAUGCCAAGGAACAAAAAGAACUGAAGUUAUUGGAUGGAUUUGCAUGGCUUUUUCUAUCAGUGUAUUUGUUGCUCCUCUAAGCAUUAUGGGACGUGUAAUAAGGACCAAAAGUGUGGAAUUCAUGCCAUUUAACUUGUCAUUAGCUCUUACAGUUAGUGCUGUAAUGUGGUUUUUGUAUGGUUUGCUUUUGAAGGACGUCUAUGUCGCGGUACCAAAUAUAUCGGGAAUGAUACUUGGAGUGCUCCAAAUGAUAUUAUAUGGAAUAUACAGAAAUUCUAAGUCAAACAACGUCGCAACAGAAAAAGAAUUACCCACCGUGGUAAAGGUGGAUCAAGAGCAGCCCACAAAAGUCAAUUGCGAAGUUUAUCCAGUUAAUAUUUCAUCCUUGGACAGUGAAAAUGGAGAGGGUAAAGAUGCUAAAAAUCUUGAAGAUUCCCAAAUUAACUCUCAAGUUUAA